UUGAUAAACAAUGAUAUGCUUUCACUAAAGACGCUCAUUCUUGGGAUUCUUGGACAUCAUAUCGGAUCUUGGGAGGUCAAGAUCAAAAUGAACAGCCUCUUCAUUCUUGUAGUCGGAUUUUUCGCAAUUUCCGCAGCUCAAAAUCAAAAUGGAAGAAUAUUAGAACCUCCAGUUCCCACCCUCUGCGCUCAAAGGGUUAUCCAUGAAAGGACACCAGAUGGUAAAGGAUAUUUCUUCAGUUGGAGAGACCCCAAUACUAAAGGCGUUGAACAAGACUGGCUGUCCGGUAGAAAUUAUUGCAGAAAACGUUGCAUGGAUCUUGUUUCCUUGGAAACAAGCGCUGAAAAUGAAUGGAUCAAAAAACAUUUGGUGGACGAGAAGGUGAAAUACAUCUGGACCUCCGGCAGAAUUUGCGACUUCAAAGGUUGUGAACGUCCCGACUUGCAACCCAUCUCCAUCAACGGUUGGUUCUGGACGGCUGUUCUUCAAAAAUUGGCUCCAACCACUCAGAGGGACCAAAACGAUUGGUCGGAAACGGGAGGUAUUGGAAAACCCCAACCAGAUAACCGUGAAGCGCAUCAAGGGGGAGCAACCGAGAACUGUUUGGCUGUGCUCAACCAGUUUUACAACGACGGAGUCAACUGGCACGAUGUUGCUUGCCAUCAUGUCAAGCCUUGGGUGUGUGAAGAAAAUGAUGAUCUUCUGAAGUAUGUGCGGUACACCAAUCCGAAUUUAUUGAUUUAGAGCGGAGUUGGGAGAGUUUGGACAAUAUUUUUGACUCUAAUGGACCGUAUUUCAUUUGACGAAAAGGGAGGCAUUUGGUGUUGUGUGAUUGCAUACCACUUCUACGUCUUUUGAACGCUAGUUUCAAAAGACGGCUAGCAUUAUUUUUCACGAAUAUAAUCAAUUUCAAAUUUGACCGCAUACAUUUCAUGUUGCGCCAUCUAAUGGAAAAAAGUGGAACUGUAUGAUUUGACACAAAUUCAAUGGUGCCAACAAUGAAGUAUAAAAUCCGGCUACCAUUUCUUCUUCUUUUUAUGGACUUUGCUUCCCCUACGGCGCGGUAAAUCUGCGGCUACCAUUUAAUCCUUAUCGAAUAUUGUCAAUUGUAAUUUUAAACAUAUUUUUCAAUACGUACGAGAGAUUUCGUAAUGGCAUUCAAAGUUUAUCGAUUUGAUAUUCAUUUCAGAUUAUUACCAAUGAUAGUCGUUCUUGAGAAAAGGUCAUUCUAUUCUAUAUUCCUUAAAAAAUCUCCAUGACAAUUAUAAAAAGACCAGAACGUCAGAGAGAUAAGAUAUGAAAAAGAAUUGUGGUUGAUGGUAGAUCUCUGGACAAACUCUGUACAAGGUACAUGACACAUUUUACAGGAUUUUUUUCUAAACUAAAUUUUUGAUAAAAAUGUACUUACCUAUAAAUCAUGUUAUCUGCCCCAGAAUUCUUCUUUCUUACAUAACAGUGGCAGCUUCCAGAAAAGCCUUCAAAUUGUCCCACUCUAGCUGAUUUGAAUAUUCUAUAAAGCUUUUUUUUUAAUAUUUGGUGUGCUCCGAAUUUAUUACCUACCAAUGAAUAGAAGAAUAAUGUCACAGAAUAUUAUAAAACUUUCACGAUACUACUCAAUUUAUUCAUUGAAUAUGUUAAAGUACAUAACAAAAAUUGAGUUGUGUUCUAGCCCUUGGUAUCAUUUUGACUUUGAGCAGAUGAUAUUAGCUUUGCAUAUAGACUAUUCUAUAUACGAAGCUAUUAGACACUUCUUGUACAAAAAAUUACUUUGUUGAAUCACCCUUUUUUCCGAAGUGUUCGUCUUCAGAACACUUUGGGAUUAUUUUGCAAAAAUAACUUGAUAUAUGAAACAUAUUGGGUAUUUUGUGUUGAAAAAUCCAUUUUAACCAAAGUUAAAGAAAGAAAUCCCAUUCCCCCAUUAGCAGAGCAGUUUCAGAUUGUUUCUCUGUUUUUUGAGAGAAAGCAGCAUAUUUUUAAAAUAGAUUUGUUGAUUAUCUACAGGUCAUGGAGAGAAUAGCAAUGUUCUUAUGUACCUAUACUUGAAUUUUGCCAGUUUCCAGAUUUGUUAAAUUUUCAAAUAUUUUUUGUAGUAAAUGUGAAAAACUGUGAAACAAUAUUCAGAUAUUAUUGACAAUGACCAAGAAAAAACAAC